AUUUGUGAAAGAAUUUGCAAUAAGUCCAUCCGUGAAAUUCCCUUGCUACUAAAUAUUCCCCGGUCAACUGUUAGUGGUAUUAUAACAAAGUGGAAGCAACUGGGAACAACAGCAACUCAGCCACAAAGUGGUAGGCCACAUAAAAUGACAGAGUGGAAUCAGCACAUGCUGAAGCGCACAGUGCGCAGAAGUCGCCAACUGUCUGCAAAGUCAAUAGCUAAAGACCUCCAAACUUCGUGUGUCCUUACGAUUAGCACAACAACUUUGCAUAGAGAGCUUCAUGGAAUGGGUUUCCAUGGCCAAGCAGCUGCAUCCAAGCCUUACAUCACCAAGUGCAAUGCAAAGCGUUGAAUGCAGUGGUGUAAAUCACGCCGCCACUGGACUCU